AUGUCGAUGCUUGCAUCCAUGUCGUCAUCGUUGUCCGUGCCACCACGCGCAGAACCAGGCGUUGUGGAAUCUCUGAGUGGUGAAACGCAGACAAAGAAAAGCAUGGAGACAACUUCUGGUACCCUACACCAGCCGCAGCGUCCAGCAAGUGUGGAGCCCUCGUCCGUUGGUACUGUGUAUUGCUACCGACUCAGUGGUGAAAUCGCGGAAUACCCAGUGGAUUCCUUCUUGAUCAAAACUGUUUGUGACUUUAAGGUAUAUUUGAGCUCUCUCGAAGCGAUCCCAGUUUCGCUAUUGUCGCUUCUGCCCGCAAAAGCUGCAAGGUCAAAGAGGGAAAGCAAUGCGGAAAAUGACGAGCGCGAUGAAGUUGAUAGGUUGGAAAGCGCAGAGCCACGCAAGGACAAUGUUGCACUUGGAGAAUUGACAUCAACGUCCAGCAGCAGUUCUAGCGGCUCAGACGGCGAGGAGGAACUGGACGUCGCAGCAGACGACUCAUUACUAUUUCCACGCCUAGGUCUAAGUGCUGCUUGUAAUUCUCUUGAUGUGAGCAGAAAGCAACUUUUAGUUCUUGCGUCCAGCACUGAAGCGACUUCGUCGUCUUCAGUAUGUGCGUUGAGAGAUCCUUAUAAGACUACUUCUCAGGAGUCUGUUGCCAGCGCAAAUGAGGAUCGCAUAGCGUGGUUUCGCCUUAUGGUGAAAUGUGUGAAGUUCGAAGACCGUGUCAAUCGUGACUUGACAUAUUUGGACUCUCUCGGUAUUGACACGUGUCGCCACUGGGUGUACCUCGAGGCGUACAAGGAGCACACGCUUUGGAAAGAAUUGGAGAACAAAAGUGCUUUUUUGUGCCGGAUCUGCAAGCAACACCGCGAGCUCGCAAACGUUAUUCUGUCCCUUGCGGAAAGCCCGAAACUCAUCGAGUAUGUGCAAAAGGAAACAGGUGUGCGCGUGUCAAAUUUUGAAGUGCUUCCAGAGAAAUAUGUAUCUUCCCCGACGAGUCCAGUGCCAGACGUAGUUGUGUCUGGCCGAGAGGAUGUCGAUGUCCAGCAGAAUGCCGAGGGUGACAGCUUCGCAAAGAAGAACGGAGAACUUCCAGGCCCAGCUAACGUAUCAAGACUUGGGAACAUGUGCAGCGAGUUUGCCAUGCUCGGUGUGGCAAGCACAGAAGAUACUUCUGCGGCGCCUGCAAACCGAAAUGAGACGAUGGAGCUACAAGAUGACAAAGAACAUGAAGGGAUUUCACAUGACGAUAAUAUAUCGAAGAAUAAGCAGAGCUUGUUAUCACCGAGCCUCACUGCUCGAGCACGUCGUGAUACAACAUUUCCAAUCCAUGUAAAUCGCUCAAGAAUGAAGCCCGGCACUAGCAAGACAUAUGAUUUCAGCGUGCUGCCGCGCGUUUCGCCCUCGCCUCCUCCUCGCCGUUCAUGCAGUGCAUCAAAAGCCAAGCACCAUGUGCAUAGUAAAACCACGUCGCCGAAGAUUGAGCCUGAGCUGGCAUGCAAGGAAAAACACUCGAAUUCGAUCAACAAAGAACCGAAAGAAAGGAGGACUACCUGUUUACCAAGGUCCUCUACAAGCAGUGCCUAUGCAAUAACCCUGUUAGAUACCCAAAGCAUUACCCAAGAUAAAUCCGCAAAAGCCAAAGCAUCAUCAUCAUCAUCAUCAUCAGCGAAACCAGCUGUAAAACACGAUGGGCAGGGCUCCCUGUCCGGCUUGUCCCUCCCAUUUGGUUCGACAUCCUCGUCAAGGCGUGAAAGACGCAACAGCAAGGAACGAUCGAUUUCUACACCCGUUGCUUCCCAAAACCCUACACGGCUAGACCUUCAAGACCUUCAUUUAGUGAUUGAAGAGCAGCGGGCGCGGAACGAGGGGGCCGCGUGUCUGUUGCCGGAAGAGCGGAGGUCACAGCGACCUCUAGUUUUGCUACCAGAUACAAGCUUUGACCACCUUUUCACAGGGUUCGGCGAAAAACCGACGCGUACAAACAGAGGGAGGAGGUCGAGGCAAGGAAAGAAAAGUCAAACAAACGCGCUGGAGCAUCAAGGAGUAAAUCUCAAUAAAAAUGCAGAAGUAGAUGCAGAUCGAGCGGAUGAAGAAAUGCCAGGCCGUUGGUCCGCAUCCAACACCGGUCGAUUGCGAGGCUCUGGAAACCUAGACGCAGGGCAAUCCAAUCCAUAUAUGGAGGUACUUUCUCAACGAGGCCAAGAAGAUGAUAUUGGUGAUUCUUUUUUCAACGAACAUCGGCGCAUCGAAUUGGCCGCGAACGAAAAGACCGCUCCUCCCCGACGCGAGUCUUCGCAUGGUGACUGCGAAGCGCCUUUACAGACACUUUCAAACGACAGGCUCGAAUCUGUUUAUCAAGCGGACUCGUCUGCAUCAGGCAUAUCUGAUUUCGAGAACGAGGCGAACACACAACGCGUGCCUGUUUUUGAUUCCACCUGUUGUCGCGUGACUGGCUUUACCCCUCUCCUGCGCAGUCCUGAAGCGGUGCUCGGUGAGCAGGGCGCAGUGCGAUCGCAGGAGACCAAAACUGGUACUGGAGGUUCGGCAACAGAGAUCCAAAUAUAUGUGAAAGGACGCAAACGAGAACUGGCAACACGAGCCCACAGGGUAACAAAUGAAAGCAACAAAGUGGAACCAGUUUUCACAAACAAAAAGCUAAUCUGUCGGGCUCCAGAAGGAGAGCAAACAUGCGAAUCGGAGACCACGCCAGAAAACGAAUCUCUAGCAGAAGAGGGAGACUCGCACACCUGUGACGACACCGAAUUAGAAGAAAACGCCUGUUACGAUCCGCAUGUCUAUAGCUACUAUACCUAUAAGUACAGCAAGCAAACGACUCGCGAUACUGCGUUGGAUGCAGAGGCGUCAGCAAGCGCGACUGCGUCGAAGAAGGAAACAAGCGUGGGUCCAUCCAACUCGGAAAGUGUUCAGGAGCCAAGUACGCUUGCAACAUCGAGUAGCCUAGUCGGUACACAAGAAAUUGUGGCGGAAGGGAAACCUGAUAUAGAGCUGCUGGAGACACCAGCGAGGAUCAUGGAAGCGAAUCAUGAAGCUAUGUCUCGGCAACAUCUUCAUCACUCCGCGUCCGACACGGAGCUUGUUGCCGAAGAGCGGUCUUGCGCUAUGACCACAUCCUCUGGUGCAGGCGAUGCCGAUGUUCUCAGUCUUUCUUGGCCUGACUCAUUAGCCGAUGCUUCGCAAUUACCUCCACGUCCACUGUUGUAUACCGUGUUUUCUGAAUCAGAGAAUGCACUUUACAGUCGGACUUGCUGGGAGGCAUCUGCGCCGUCGAGAUUGCCACGAAACGCGGACGAACCGAGUGUUUCUACUAGUAUCAAAAAAAAACGUGAAGGAAAAAGCGACGUUCAAACACGCUUCCGCUCUCCUCAACCAAAAAGUGGAUCUGACAGUCAAGCACCACGUCCAGCUCCAGAAAAGCACAGAAAGAGCCCAGCAGCAGGUAGAGCAUUGUGGCCUUCUUCACUAGCAAAAUUCCCGCAGGUACCUAGAGACGAAGGAACAGCGAUUGAGAAUUCAGAGGAGGCGCACUCAGCAGACGUAGAGGUUGGAGGAGAGUUGCGUCCACGUUGGAUCAACAGGCCGCCAACCGGUUAUCGUAGCUUCGACCGUGAACGCCGGCGCAAGUACCGGUCUCCUAAUUUUGGUGGCAUUUUCAUGCGAAAGAGACGCGCGGCUUCGAUCUCAAUCGAUGCGGAUCUGCUGCCGCCUUCUGUCAGAGAGACGAACGCUCGGACCCACCUACUCUUGAUUGGCGCUGCUGGAAGCAAAAAUAUUUUCCAGAGACAUGAUCACGGAGCAGGAGGAGCACCUUCGGGCAAAAGGGCUCGCCAACUGAAUGAGGGAGUAAGAGAUUCCAACGAGACACUCCACGGCCUGAGCAAAAAAGCGUGGGAGAGGUAUCACUCAUCCGCCUCGGAAGCAGAUGAACAGACUUAUGCAACGUCCCGCCAUCGCGGAAAAAAGCCGCUGCUCAAGCGGGUUGGAAGCCAUCAGGGAAGCAAGCAAGACAUGCUGAGUGCACAUGGGAAAAAGGGGUCAUUCACAGGAGCCAGCGGCUCGUCGCUGUCGCAAAAGCAGCGUGGGAAAUUAGCAGCAACAAACGCAGCUACAAUCAAGAGGUACACUUAUGACCACGAGCCAUUCGAGGACGAACAAGAGCAGACAGCAUUGUACGACACGGAGUUAGAAUUGUAUGGUUCAACAUCUUUGCCACUUGAUCAUGCUGAUGCAACAACCGCCUUUCCCUCAACCUCAUCUUCCCUACCUCGCGGAAAAAGCUUUGGUUCUGCAUCCCCUCACAAGAUGUCUGCCUCUGCGUCCAAGCUUGCGCUUGCUAUGGAAAACGAACCCAGCCCAAAAAUUAGGUCGCGGAAGUUCACGGAUGAAAACGACGAGGGUUACGUGGUGUCAACUUUCGGCGAUCCAAGCAGGACAGAUUCUCCGACACUACAGGACACGCUCCAAGAGACCAACAUCGUUCCUCGGCAAUAUGGUACGCUAUAAAUAUGUUGACAUCUACUUUUAGUCGUGUACUCUUCUUCUUGUCUAAGUCCAACAGGAACAACAGGAGGAUGACAUUACUUCUUAGCCUUAGAACCUCUGAAUUUACUUUUACAGUGUUCAGCGCUGUGAAUAGCAGAGUCUCACUUUUUGUCUUGACGUCAGAUUAAUUCUGUUUUUGCUUUGUUUCUACCCUCUAGACUUUUCUACCAGUAAAAAAACCUCAUUUUCAAUCUUCCACCUAUAAUUCAGGACCGCUAACUUUGUCGGAGUACCUUGCGUUGUUUUCGUCUAGCGAAGAUACCUCACCCUCUGCCUCUGCUGACCCGCCCACGACCUACCCUUCAAGUUCUGACAUCAGUUCUUGCGCGGCUUCCGUGCGCACUCAGGGCCCCAUGUCACCCCAUUGUACCAUUGUGGCAGGGUUCGACAGAAGCACGUGGUCAACCCCUGAGCGUGGCACAAGCGCCUUAUCUCUAGUAUCCUCGGAAGCUGCUACAACGAAGAUGUUAUCAUCAAAUGACAGUAUCGCAGCUACUGGCGGUGCGCAAGCAGGAGAACAAGAAGAGGACGAGAGGGUACCUGAGCCGAAUUUGUCAGACGUGAUCUCCUCGGUCUCGGAUGCGCGUGCAGCAGUAGCGUCAAGCGCUGUGACUACAUUCUCUAGGACCCCUGACGAAGAUAUUUGCCAGAAGCAGGAAAGUGUGCAAGAACCAGCGGAAGCAAGUGAGCCACUUCCCACAGAAGAGGAUCACGAGGAGUGUCGAUCUGCGCCAGAAACGCCCGAAAUCGAGGAACAGUAUGUUUUGAAGCAUGACCUGUUGAACUACGUGGAUGAAACGGGCCGCACGGCGUUGAUGUGGCUACUAGUCUGGAAGCAUGAGCAGGCCGCGCGCGCGGUAAUUAAACGCGCAGACUUUGUCCGGCUAAAUCAGCGCGACAAAUGGGGCGGCUUCCUUCUCACUUUAGCAGUACCGACGCAUUCGUUAUUUUUAGAGAUCGUUCGGCGUCGCUCGGGCAGCCUUGGGCUGGAAGCGAUCAACGACGUUUUGCGAAGCGGGUUUCCAGCUUUCCGUCUCGCGGUCAAAUUGGGACUAGCGGAAAAACGGGAGCAUAUUUUGCGUCAACAGGAAAGAAUUUUGCUGUUGCUUCGCGACCGCAGACUUCGAGAACAAGAAGAGGAAGGGGCCCAAGAAGGACGAGUACAUAAAAAGGUACACGAACAACACGCUCUUGCUGUAGAAAAGGUUUGCAUUUAGAUUGUUGUUCUUCUAGUGUUUUUUGGUCGAAUAAGGAAUCUUCCUCCAUAGAUGAAACUCCAACUUUCUGGAAUUAGUUUUGAACUAUUGGCUCAGUUGUUAUUUGGUGAAGUGUCAAACUCAAAUAUGUAUUUAUGUAUAGUAAAUUCGUCAGCACCAGUUGUUGUUUUACUUAUGUAGAACAAAUUUCGGUAAGUACAACAAGUGAUGUUUGAAGUGAUCGAGUUAUCUCUCUGUUAUGUCCACCGGAUUCCUGACGGUCCCCUCAAUGGAGCAUAGACGAAAGGCUUGUGAAUAGCUUUGUGCAAAAAACUUCCCUCCGUAUCCCAUGGGUAUAAAUACAUUUUUUCCCUGAUUUUUUUGUGUAAAGAUAUGGUCACCUUGUUGGAUUAUUCGUGAUUUUUUCGGUUUUGCUCAUAUACAUAUUUAUAAAUAUAUUUAUAUGACGCAGGGCCGGACGGUCCCCCCACCCUCCCCCCAUGUGGUAUGGUCUGUGUUGGGGCGCGCGCGCGCUUUUGCGCGCGGAUUUUUCGCGGAUUCUAGUGGUGGAAGGCGUCAAAACUUGGCGCGGGCGUCCCCU